CCCGAGCAGAGCCGGUCGGUCGCCCCGAGGGGCCGCAGCAGCAGCAGCAGAAGCCUCCGGCGGUGAGGCUGGAGUUCGACUACUCCGAGGAGAACGGCGAGGCGUCGAAGCGGGCGUCCCCCCCCCCCAAGAAGCUGGGCAAGAAGCCGGGGGCCAAGAUGCCCCUGAGGAGACCCAAGCUGGGGCUGAAGAAGGCCCCGCCCGCCCAGACGGAGCCGCUGGACAACGAGGUCUCGGCGCGCCCCAACGACCCCGCGGACGACGUCCCCGUGCCCAAAGCGUCCUACAAGUUUGACCCCGAGAAGUGGGAGGACCCGAACUUUGACCCCUUCAACACCAAGAAGGCCAUCCCCAACUCCCCCGAGCUCUCCCGGCCCUCUGGGAACUUUGACGGCAGCAGCUUGGACGACUCCGUGGACCCGUUCCAGUCCUCCGUCAAGAUGGCCGCCUCGCCUCCCAAGGGCUCGGCCUCCUUCGGCGCGCCGGUCGUGGACAACGACGUGGACAACGACAACGUCGGCGAGCUGGAGGAUCACAAUCAGAACAAGCCCGCCAAGAAGAAGAGAACUCCGAUAAAAAGUAACACGUUCAGAGUGAAGAGAUCCCCGAAGAAAUCCCCCACCAGUGAACCAUCACAGGAGUCCACGGACGGGGACGACGGCCUCCACUCGCAGGACGAGCACGCCACGGACGAGGAGAAGCUGGCCUCCUCCACCGGCCACAAGUGGAGCGCCCUGCAGGACGGCGACCUGACCUCGGACGGCCAGGACUUCCCCCAGCCCAGCGACCUGUCCUCCUUCGUCAGCGAGGUCGGACUCCCCCACCAGGACGACGUGCCAGACUAUGAGAUCGAGUACAUGGAGAAGAUCGGCUCUGCUACGCCGCCCCUCUCUGUGAAGAAGCCCUCCCUUUAUCUGAAGCUGGACUCUGUGUCCGACAGUCUGACCAACAACACGUGUACCAUGGGGUCAGAGCCCAACUCUCCCUGCACAGGGAGCUUCGAGGAGAUGGAGGCUCAGAUCUCGGCGGACAUGAAGACGCCGGUGCUCAGCCACCGGCCCGGCCCCGAGGGCUCCGCGGGGGACAAGGGCCGCAAGAGGGAGAGCGAGGCGCUCAGUCGCACGCGGAGCGCCGACCGAGACGAACAGUCCCCUAGCCAGGGCCCUGCAGAGGCGCCCCCCGCCCCGGCCCUGUUAGACAGGCUGCCGCAGUGCGACGACCCCCUACGCUACCUGGAGCCCGACCUGGCCGAGACCAACCCCAACGCCUUCGCCCUCAAAUUACAGCAGAGGGAAGUCACAUCGCCGAUGGAGAGCGUGGUGUCCAAGGGUUCCCUGUACACCCGCACCCCGUCCACGGGCUACAGCGAGGAGGCCAGCCCGUACCUCCCCCGAGACCUGGACCAGUCCCUGGUCAUAGCCAGAGACGAGGUGAUCACAAAAGAGAAGGAGGUCAUAGAAUGGCAGAGGAAGUACGAGGAGAGCCGACAGGAAGUGGUGGAGAUGAGGAGAAUUGUUGCAGAGUAUGAGAAGACCAUUGCUCAGAUGAUAGAGGAUGAGCAGAAGGAGAAGUCCCUGUCCCACCACACCAUCCAGGCGCUGAUCAUAGAGAAGGACCAGGCGCUGUCCGACCUCAACUCCGUGGAGAAGUCUCUGGCCGAGCUCUUCCGCCGCUACGAGAAGAUGAAAGACGUGCUGGAGGGCUUCCGCAAGAACGAGGAGGUCCUGAAGAAGUGUGCCCAGGAGUACCUCUCCCGGGUGCGGCGGGAGGAGCAGCGGUACCAGGCCCUGAAGAUCCACGCAGAGGAGAAGCUGGACAGAGCCAACUCGGACAUCGCCCAGGUGCGCUGCAAAGCCAAGCAGGAGCAGGCGGCGUGCGCGGCCAGCCUGAGGAAGGAGCAGAUGAAGGUGGACUCUCUGGAGCGCACCUUGGAACAGAAGAACCGAGAAAUCGAGGAGUUGACGAAGAUCUGUGACGAGCUCAUCGCCAAAAUGGGGCGGAGUUAGCAGUGGCCACGCCCCAUCUCCCAGGGGGAGCCAGCAGAACGCCAAACUUUAUCCAAAAGAGCAGAAGGCGCCAUCUCAGCCCCAGACGAGGGGUCUCACGUCGUGCCCACCUCGCUUCCAGACUUUGCCUACCAUGGCUCCCUCUGUACCCACCCACCCCACACUUGUGUCAAUGUGGUUUUACUGUAACUAAGGGUGUGGAUUCAUGUGCUUGCGCACACAACAUAUCAUGUGUGCGUGCGUGAGCUUACCUGUGGGUGAAUGCUGUGUUGCUGUGUUGGAAUGACUGCAAGAGAGAGAGUGUGUGUGUGAUAGAGAUAGAGAGAGAGAGUGGGAUGAAAUGUAACGUUGCCAUGACAGCCACUGAUGGACAAGACUGUAAACUUAAUCCUGCUGUUGUUUGUUCUUAAUAGAAGAGAGUUCAAUAUAAAUGUCGGCAGGCAGCAUAUGUCCUGUAUAUGACUUAGUUUUGAUUGGUUACACGUUGGCUUAUAUACUAGUAAUGAAAAUAUAUAAAAGAUCACAGUAGCUUAUCGCAUGUGAGAUGUUUGUAAAUAGAGAGUUUCCAUGAUUGAUAACGCUCACUUGCAUUUUUGAUACCGUUCCGUCGUAUAAAACAAACCCACCAAUGCUUUCUUUGUCGUUUCCUUGUAGAUACUCCCCGCGCUUACUUUGUCCCCUUAGCUCUUGAUGAAAACGUGGGAUUUUAUUUUGAUAUAAAGCUAACUUAAUUGUCAUCAGUUGUGGCCGUGGGUCACUUCAUUUAAUGUCCGACAGCCUGCUGCUGUGGCCGUUGUGAUGCACCGAGAGGAGUCCGGCUCUUCUCGGCGCCACCGCCGUUCAGCAUCUGCUUACAAAGUGCAAUAAAGGAUGGCAAAACAACCGACUGGCUCCGUCUCUGGGUUCCUUCAGCGCUCCUUUGACGUCCAAAUGUGUCCUGAUGACCGUUUCUACACCCUGAGCGGCUGUUGUUUCACUGCUAUUUUGGGGAGAUGAUGGCCUAAAUUGAAGGCUGUUGUGAGAGAUAUUUGUUUUGCUGUGUACGUUGCGUAUCGUUUUAAUGUACUCUACUCGCAUUACACCCGACAAGAUGGAUGUAUCAACUAUUCAUGAGUCAUUUCUCAAAAAAUACAGCUCUCACUACAGCAUUCACAAACAUUUGUGAUCGAUCACAACAUAUCUCAAAUCAAAUUUAAGAAGGUAGGAAAAACAGACUUUCUUGUAUCUUUGUAUUUUGUUUCUUGCUGGUUUGAUGCCUGUGUGUCUGAAUGUAUGGAACGAUAGGAAAGCUCUGCUAAGUUCUGCUCAGGACAUCUGUGAGGUCCAGUAUAGUUACACACUCUUUCUGAUGCUGCACUUAACCACCACAUUAACACAAUUUGUGUGUGUUCUGGUAAUCCCUCUUGAGGUCAC